AUGAAUCCUUCAAGCUCCGAAAGGUCAGCAUCUAGCACGGGGUCAGGCUCACCUGAGAAAAGGCCAAAAGAGCAAGCGCCGUCGAACACGACGAAAGCCGUCGAAGGAAAAGCUGCAGGAGAGGCUGAGUCUGACUCUGACGCGCAGGCCGAAGAGGUUGAAGAGGAGAAGGAGGAAGAAGACGAGGAAGAGGAUCCUGAGGAAGAGGAAAAGGAAGGAGAAGAACAGAGUGACAAGGAGGCGAAUGAUAAGGAGGCGAAGGAUCCUGAUGACAGCUCUGAGGACUCGUCACAGGAAGUGCAGGCAGCGAAGGAGGAGACACGCGUUCGGCUUGUGCCGGCCGGCCGAGCCCGCUCGCGCUCCUCUGGAGACAAGAAGGACGGCAGGCGGUCCAAGUCUGACAAGAAGGACCGGUCUGCCAGCAAGCGGAAGAGGCGCUCCUCAAGCUCUCGUAGCCGCAAGCGCAAGUCGCCCAAGCGGGCAAGUCGAGUGGGUCCUAUACUGUCGAAGCGCCGCUCGCGGUCUAGAUCCGCGAGAAACAACAAGGAUCGCAUGAGGCGGUCUAAGUCAAGAAAGAAGGCAAGGUCGUCCAGCAGGCGGAGGAGGCGCUCUUCCAGCUCUAAAGGUCGCAAGAGGAGGAGCACUUCGAAAGCCAGAGCAGCAACGAACAAGGCUAUCAUUGUGGGAGAUGGUCAGGCCAAAGCCCCAAGAUUGGCCACUGCUCCUGAAGUUAAAAAAGAAGGCGACUCCAAGCCAACCGGUCAGACCCCGGCCUUGUCUGCUGCUGAAGAGCUGCGGCAGGCGUUAUUUGGGAACGCGAAACCUGCGCAACCAGCUCCGAAGCCGGCGCCCGCCCCGAAGAUCUCUUUUGGCUUGCCAAAGAAGCCGCAGGUCAUGGACUGGAGAAGGCGCUCGACGGCGGAGACGAAGCCCUUGCAGCAGAACACUGGCAUGGUGGCUGUUCCAGGCUCCGAAUUUGCCUUUCGAGCGCAUGCAGGCGAGCUGGCUGCAGCUGUUGCAGCUGCACAAGCCCUGCACAAUCCGCGAAACCGAGAGAUUUCGCGAAAGAUUGCUACCCUGCUGGAGCAAUGUCCUCCCAUGUCUGACGAUGCUUUGACUGCGUUGCGGGCUCUUCCUUCUGAUCAGGUUGUUCAGGUGCUUCAAACUCUAGCCAGCAGGCGCGGCGAGAUUACAGAUCCCUCAGUCUGGGUCAACCACGUGGUCAGUCGGCUUGCAGUAGCAGCCUUCAAUACCGCGCAGGGGGUGCCUCUGCCGUCAACUAUGGUGACAGAAAUGCUGAACAGGCAUCUGCCGAAGUUGGCAACAGCUGCCAAGUCACUGCUGCUACAAAUCCCAGAGGUGGAAGCCAUCAAGAUUAUACAAGAUCACCUCACCUAUCGUGGCGAUGCUUCGGACUCAAUCUUCCAGGCAGCUACGACUCAUCUGCAGCAAGGAAUUGCUGCUGCUUCUGCUGCUUCUGCUUGCAGCGCGGUGUACCCGAUGACCAUGGAUGCUUUCAGCAUGGGCUGUGGAAUGAUGCCCAUGGCCAUGCCCGGAUGCUUUGGUGCUAUGAUGCCCGGCCAGAUGGCUCCGAUGGCAGGAUGUGGCAUGAUGGGCUGCGCCUGGGGAGGUGCAAUGCCGUGUGCCACAAAUGGCACCACGGAAGUUGCCACAGAAGCGGCCGGCACAGCUGCCCCUGAAGCAGCUGCGACUGCACCAGCGGCAGCUGCGCCAGCAUUGGAGGACACCGAUGCACCUGCUGAGGAGGCUGCUGCAUUCACGCAGGACGCGGCAGAUGCAGAUGUGUCGGCUGAGGAUGAGGACAACCUGCCGCAGCAGGAGUUUGUGAGCUCACUUGCAGGUGUAGCGCCCUUGAAGCAGGAGCAGCCAGGUGCGCAUGCUUCUGGUCCAGCUGUGUCUGUGGGCGUCCCUACAGUUCUUCCGGGGCUAGAUGAGGCUUUGUAUCGAGAAGCAGAGGAAAGGAAACAUCGUCAACAGCUUCGAGAGCAGGAGGCUUUGUUUUACGCUCUCCAGCAGGCACAGCCAAAACUUGGCCGCACAUCAAAAGCAUUGUGUCACAUCCGUUUGGAACGUGAGCUUCGUGCAGCAUUCCAGAGUUGUCCACAGCAUUGCUACAUUGACUCUGUUGGACAAAGCUGCCAGCUUGCCAUCCCGAGAUCAAGACUCGGUGAGAUACUGGAAGCAACGGACUUCUUAUCUGCGGGCGAAGAGAGAGUGUUCUGUGAAAAGCUGAGCUUAUUGUUGGACCGGGAAGAGACUGGAAUGAUCCGUUUCAGCAAGCUGCUUGAUUUCUUGCUGACCGCUUUGGAUGCAGCAGCAAGCUUUCCAGAUCGGCCCUCUCCUUCAUUGACGCCUCUGAGCUUGGAGGAUGAAUGUUUCAACCAGCUGGAAUGGCAGUUGUCAAGGGCCUUCACGCGAAUGCUCUCGAAUCGCCACUGCCGUGCGACAACGCGAUCAUGCCACCGUCGGCUGUCAGAUGCAGGGGCUGAAGGCCCUGGAGACCUCAGGCAACGUUUGCCACCUCGCCAACGUUUGCAGAGACCUUCAUCUGCCGAUGGGCGUGACAAGGCGGUUUCUCGUUGCCACCUACUCUACCACCAGGCCAUCUUUGCUGCUCGCGAAGGGGCUCAACUCGAGGAUGAGAUCAAGCAGCUAAAAGAGCUUGAAGAGAUGCGAGAAUGCACCUUCCGGCCUCACUUGGUUGCCUCCUUGCGUCAUUUUCGUCCAUCCCCGCGGCCGCAGGUGCGCAACUUUGACUCGACAGUUGCUCGCAUGAAAAAUGCUCACAAGCAGCAUCAAGAGAAGCGAGAGAUGUGUACCCGAAUUCCCAGCGGCGAGAACUACGAGAGGCUGAGAAGACUGGGAAUGCAACCCUUCUCCUGUGCCUUCCGUGAGCAAAGUGAGCGGCCCCAACUUUUGGUCUAUGUAGAUGUUAAGGUGGCACCUGGCAGAACUGGUCGCAUCGGAGUGCAUGAGGGCGACGAUUUGAGGUUGCUUGCGCGAAACUUUGCCAAGACUUUUCAGCUGGAUAAAGCCGCUCAGGAGCGCCUUGAGCAAAUGCUCCAGCAGGCUUAUGAGCAGGAUGCUGAUGCUGAGUACUUGAAGAAGACCACGCAGGAGUACGUCCUGGCCAGCAGCGACAAGCUUUCAACGCCGGAGGUGGUUGGCUAUGACUUCAACAAAGGUGUGGACUACAGUGCCAUCCUCUCCUCCUACAGCAGAACAGGCUUUCAGGCGACAAAUCUGGCAAAGGCCAUCGAAGAGAUCAACCGGAUGCUGGAUUGGUCUCUGGCAGAUGAUCCCUUGCCCGACGAUGAGCGGCAAAAGGUCCGGACCAAGAUAUGGCUGUCCUACACGUCGAACUUGAUAAGUUCUGGGCUCCGUGAGAGUCUCCGCUUCUUAGCGCAGAAUAGCAUGGUUCAGGUAAUGAUAACCACUGCUGGUGGGAUUGAGGAGGACAUCAUAAAGUGCCUGGCACCCACACACCUUGGGGAAUUCGCUCUAGAGGGGGCUGGCCUGCGACGGCGAGGAAUCAAUCGCAUAGGAAACCUUCUGGCACCCAAUGACAACUACUGUCUCUUUGAGGACUGGAUCAUGAAGAUUCUGGAUGCUAUGCAUGAUGAGCAAGAGAAAGACGGAAUUGUUUGGUCUCCGUCCAAGAUGAUCCAUCGCUUUGGAAAGGAGAUCAACCACCCUGACUCCGUCUGCUAUUGGGCAUAUCGCAACAACAUCCCGCUCUUCUGCCCGGCGAUCACAGAUGGCUCCAUUGGUGAUAUGCUAUACUUCCACAGCUACAAGAGAAGCGGCCUCGUGGUGGACCUGGUGCAAGACAUCCGCAGAGUGAAUGAUGAAGCCAUGAAAGCCCGGAAGACAGGCGUCAUAGUUCUUGGAGGCGGUCUGGUGAAGCACCAUUGCAUGAACGCGAACCUAAUGCGCAAUGGCGCUGACUUCGUGGUGUAUGUGAACACGGCCCAGGAGUUUGAUGGCUCCGAUAGCGGCGCGCGGCCAGAUGAGGCGGUGAGCUGGGGAAAGAUCCGGAUGGAUGCAAAGCCUGUCAAGGUUUACGCGGAGGCAACGCUUGUAGUGCCACUGAUCGUGGCCGAGACGUUUGCGGCGAGGUUGCACAACGGACAGUGGCAGCCUGAAGGCCGCAUUUUCAACAAGGCCUUCACUGCAUCCGAGCUGGAGAGGGAAAAGAAAAAAGUUUUCCCUGACAGUUAG